AUGUUUCUAAAUUGGAUUAAACAAAAGACAUCCUCAGUUGGAACAAAGAGGACUGUAUUUAGUGACCUACCAGACAGUAUCAACAACAGUGACUCUGACACUGAAAAGGCUGGAGGUGGAUGGGAAAAGUAUGAUGGUGAACAUCAACAACAACAACAACAACCAAACUAUGUCGAUGAAAUGUACUCGGCUGCCAGCAAUGUCAACAUCAACGACACCAAACAACGACAACAACAACUACACCAAUUCAAAGAGAAAAUCAUCAUCCCAAAACAAGUUGACGAGUUUAAGAAUGCUGUCAACGAUCCUCUUCAACAUCAACAUGAAUACAUUAAUAUUACAAGUAAUAGUAGUAAUAAUAGUAAUAAUAAUAGUGUAAAUGGUGGUGGUGGUAGAAAUGUUUACAAGUGGAGUCAAAGUGAUGAUGACGAUGAUGAUGUAGACGAACAUAAUAGUGGUGAUGAAGAAUACGAUCAUUAUAUGGAAGGUGAUUGGGAUGAUCGUUUGUAUUACAGUACUGCCGGUGAAGGAGGAAAUGACGGUGGUGACGGAGACGGAUACGAUUACCAACACCAACAACAAAGAAACAACAAAACAAUCAUUACAAAGAGUAUUCAUACAACUACCAUCAACUUUAUCAUCAAGAUGGUGUGUAUUGUAUUGAUGAUUGCUUAUUUCCUUGUCACGUCGUACAUGUACUUUUACGGUGGCCGUCUCUACUUUUUCCCAUCGCAUAUUAGUGAACUCAACACUGACUAUCUCUUGGCAUACUCGAGUUUUGAUGUCCUGCUAGUAUGCUAUGCAACCUGCUUCUUUUGGUAUAUCAUGAUUACUACCGACCGUUUCCUCUACUACUUUAUCGCCUACUUUAACAGUGUGGUGGCGUUGGCCUAUCUCGUGCUCAAGGCUGUCUUUGCAAUCCCCGCACUUCAAAAGUUUGAGCCGUCAGUCUACAUUCCCGACGGUCAUCCGGUACUCGACCCCGUAAAGCGUGAGAUGACACUUGUUUGCAUCACCAACUCGUUGGCCAUGACCUCCCUCUUUUUGGCACUCAAUGUGUACCCUCUGUACGUCUCGUUCAAGCAGUACCGCAAGGACAAGCGUCUCUCCCAACGUCCGUCGUCACCUAUCGCCGGUCACCGCAUCGUCGAUUUUAUCAUCCCCGAGUGGCCCAUCAUCCUCGUCUUGGUCGUCGCUCUCACCGUCUGUGCCAUCGCGUCGCUCAUCACACCCUACUUGAUCAGCCAUCUCAUCGAUGCCAUUGCCUCGGACCGAAACGUUCAUCGUCUCGACGGUGUCACCAAGUCACUUGCCAUAUGUCUGGUCGUCGAGUGGGUUGCUCGUAUCCUUCGUACCUGGAUCUCACUCCUACUCAGUAAAAGAAUAGUAUCUCGUAUUGACAAUGUAUUCGCUGCUCUAGAAUGUGCCCGUGAUAGAAUCUAUAAAGUUGGUAGUUAUUAUAAUAUUGAAAAUAUUAAUAAUAAUAAUCAAAAUAAUAAUAAUAAUAAUAUUGAUAAUAAUAAUAAUAAUAAUAAUGGACGUAAUCGAUCAAAUGAUGAUAGAUUGCCAACCAUUCUAAAUGAAAAGGUUACAAAACAAAAAAAAGAAAAAGAGUAUCAAAUGCAAAUGUUGGAAGCAGCCAUUAAACAAGUAUCUGUCACUAUUACCAAUACAAUUCAAAUCAUUGGUUCCAUUGUUGAAUUGUUUUUUAUAAACUGGCAUUUAACUUUAUUCAUGUCAAUUAGUAUUCCAGCUAUUAUUUUGGGUGUGUUGAUUUAUAGUUCAAUGAAUAGACUGAUUUCAAGAGCAGCAAUCAAUUCCAUUAAAGCCAAAGUGAUUAUUUUACUUCCUGGUCAAUGGAAGGCUAGUAUGGAUCAACACCAAUCAGAGUUUUCUUCAUUCUCUCAAUCUUAUCCAAACAAGCUACCAAACUCAAAUGAACCAUCUCCACUACGUCCAACUGCAUGGCCAACUUCUGAUAAUUCAAGUUCAACCACCAAUGUCAAGGACGACGGUACAACAGGUGAAUCUCCAAUGUAUCCAACUGCAUGGCCAACUUCUGAUAAUUCAAGUGGCGCACAAAAUCGUACUAUUGGAGUAGGGUCAGGUACAUCUCCAAUGUAUCCAACUGCUUGGCCAACUGCUGAUAAUCCAACCAUUUCAACAAGUACCACUACAAAUGAAGAUCGUCAUGACUUGCCUGUUAUUCAACCAUCCAAUACAUCAAACAUGAAUCAGAAUAUUUUCUCUUCCUCAAAAUCAAAAUUGGGUGAUCUUUAUAAACAACCAUUCCAACAACAACAACAACAAGAACAACAAGAACAACCAUUACCUGAUAUACAAAUUAUUCCUGCUGAUGGUGCUGGUGCUGGUAGCGGUAGUAACUCUCAACAACAACAACAACAACCAAUUCAAUUAAAUCCAACUACAUUUAUGAAAAAAGUAGCUACAUUGAUUGAAAAUCUAUUUGGUGAAUCAUCUCAAUUUGUUUGUCAAUUAUUAAUGGUAUCAAUUGCAUAUAUUGGAGCAUAUCAAGUUUGGAAUAAAGUAAUUACACUUGGUACAUUACUUAAAUUCUUUUUGUAUCUUAUCAGAGCAUUUGUAUCACUUAAAUCACUCGGUGAUGGAUUCCCUAUCCUUCUACGUGGUGCCACUGCAGCUGAUAAAUUACUCAAAGGAAUAGAUUCAAUUUCCAAAUCAAUUGAAAUGGCUCCAUCUGCCAUUAGAGAAAACAAUAAUAAUAAUAAUAGCGGUAGUGGUGGUAAUGACGGAAAUGGCAAUCAAAGUUAUCAAAUUACCAUUAUUCCACCUGCUUUUAUUCCAGAUGGAACCAACUCUUCUGGUAUUGUUGUACCUGUAAAUUUUAGUACAAUUGUUACAAAUAGUAGUGCUACUAGUGGUAUUCUUCCUACAUCAAACAACAUGAUGUCAUCGUAUCAGUCCUACUCUAAUACAAAAGGUAUGGGUGAUAAUAUAUCAGACUUUACACGUGACAGUUUUGAUGCAAAGUUAUCACCCAAGGAUAUCUUUGAAGGUAUUUCCAAGCCAAAGAAUAUUGCUCCCCAAGAGGCACUAGAUGAUCUAUCAAAGUUUGCCAAAGACAAGAUUGAUAACUCAGAUCAAGUAUCAGGACAACAGCAACAACAACAACAACCACAAUCAUUUUAUGAAAGAGUAACAAAUGCAGCCAAAUCCAUUCAAGGUCAAUUUUCAAAUUCAAAUGCAAAGAAGGAAUUGGAUAGUUUGUUUGACCAAGCUGAAGAGACUGCCAAAGAGUUAGCUCAAGAUACUCAAGAAGCUGCAAAUGACCUUUCAAAUGUCGCUACCAAUACACUUGAACAAGCCAAGGAAAUUACCAAUGAAAUAGUUCAAGAUACUCAAGAGGCUGCUAAUGACCUUUCAAACGUCACUUCCAAUACUUUCGAACAAGCUAAAGAGACUGUCAACAAUGCCAAAGAUAUUGUUCAAGAGAAUGUAACAGAUAUUUCAAAUGUCACUGCCAAUACACUUGAACAAGCCAAGGAGACAGUCAAUAAUGCCAAGGAUAUUGUUCAAGAGAAUGUAACGGAUAUUUCAAAUGUAACAUUUAAUCAAGCUAAAGAGACUGUCAAUAAUGCCAAGGAGAUUGCUCAAGAGACUAGAAAGGAUAUUUCAAAUGUCACUACCAACACAUUUGAACAAGCUAAAGAGACUGCCAAAGAUAUUUCAAAUGCCUCAAAAGAUCAAAUUGGACAUGCAUCAAGUGCUGUCAAAGAUAGUUUUAGUUCAUUUGGAAAUGUACUUUCAAAUAAUACUACAGGUGGGAUUACAACUGGAGCAGGAAGCAAGAGUUCCGGUGGUCUAUUUGGUGGUUUGAUUUCAAACUUGACAAGUUCAAUUUCAAAUAAUUUUAGCACUCCACAACAACAACAAUCAAUUGAUUUUAAUAAUAAUCAACAAUAUAUUCCAAUUGUUGAUAAUAAUAAUAAUAAUAAUUCAACAAAUACCUCAACCUCUACAACUACAACUACUACAAGUCAACAACAAGGACAUAAAAAGAGUGGUAGUGGUGGAGAAGAUUUAUUUAAUCUUGGAGGUAAUAUUGGUGGAGUUGGAGGAAAUGUAUCGAUUGGAAAUCCAUUUGCUGGUGGUAAAUUGUUAAAUGUGAGUGGUAAUCUUAAUCCAUUCAACCAAGCUGCAGCCAACAAGGUUAGUGGUGGAAGUCUCUUUGGUCUAAGUGGUAAUGUUUCUGGAGUUGGUGGUGCCAAGGUUAAUGUCGGUAAUAUAUCCACAUCAAAUCCAUUUGAACAAAAGAAUAAGCAACUACAACAAGAUAAUGCCGCUCAUUCUCAAGAAUCAUCCAAGGAUCAUCAUGAUUCCUCGUUAAAGACUAGUGGUGGGUGGUCAGGAAAAUUAAAUAUUGGUAAUCCAUUCUCUCACCACGGUGACGGAGGAGAAAAGAGUCUAUUACAAGUUAGUGGUGGAAUAAACUUUGGUGGAAGCAACAAUAAUAAUGAUGAUAUCAAUGAAGAAUCAAUAGAUGAACCAAUUGUUACAACUACCACCAGUACCACUAGUACAACUAGUACAAGUACUAGCAAUAGUAAUAGUAAUACACCAACAUUUGGAUCACUAAACUUUAAUGUAAAUACCAACAAUCAAUCAAGAAGUAGUGGUGGAAUAUUUGGAACUGCAGCUGGAAUUAUAAACUCUAGUGGUAGUAGUGGUGGUAAUGCUGGUGAUUCCCAAGGUGGAGUAGGUUCUGAUUCAUUUAUUAAAAUCAACAAAAACAAACCUGCAAAAAAACGUAAAUAA